AUGUCGGAUCCAGACCCGAGCAGGCUUUACCACAAGCAAUACGAAGAAGCCCGGAAGCUAUUCGACAGCGACAUCGUGAACUGCAUCGCAGGAGCAAAAAAGAACCUACUGGAUCCUACGCUGCCCCCAUUCUACAUUAUCAGGAAUUGCAUUCUUGUUGCUGGUGCUGUGAACGAAUGGAACAUCGCGGACGACUGGCUUCGCUGGGCAGAACAGGCAUUUAAGAAAAGCCAUGAUUUGGCGACGCGACAGCAAGACAACAAGUCGUUGGAGGCUCUCGCAAGUUUGCGAGAGGAGCUAGAUGAAAUGAAAGAGUUCAAGAUGGAGUACCUCACAGGCAUGACGAAGGAGGAAAGGGACAUGCUUUACGCUGAACUGGAUGAAAUGGAUGCGGCGGAAGAAUUGGAAGCGGUUGCUGAAGCAGAGAAGAUGACGGAGGUCGCAGCGGAGUACCUGGAAGACUCGGAAUCGGUUGAUGGAGCGGGGAAUAGGACGGACGUCGCAAUGGAGCCUCUAGAAGACUUACAGGCGGUUGUUAAAACAGAGAAUAGGAUGGAGGUCGCUGCGGAGUACCUUUGUCUUCCAUUCGGCCCGCAGGCGAGCCCAUGCAUAACACCCCCAGCGACUUUGCCGUUAGUCCAAAGUCUCGUCGCUAGAAGAGCACACAAUCUAAAGGAGGUGCACACCACGCCCAGCAAUUCUUCAUGUUCAAGUUUAACGCCAACCUUCGUCCUAGCGUCUUGA